UUUUAAGGGACUCUCUAUGAAAAUGUCCGAUUUACUAAGGUACCAUGAAAACCUUAAUCUGAUCAAAAAUGUUAAAGACAACGUUAUUCUUCUGAGCCGAAAAGUGUUAAUUUUUGCGCGUUUGAAAUCGGGUAUUGCCAUUUGCAAUCUUUUCAUGGAGGGCCUCUUGAUUACGCUUUACAGACUUUACAUACGCGCCUGAUACAAAACGAUAUACGUUCAAAACUUUUUUUUAGUAACAAUGAGGAUUUAGGAAUUUUCGUUUUUCCAACUGGAGAAGUUAUAAAUUCCGACAACUUCCUUUCUUCUCUUUGCUUCAUAAAUCUGCAAGCCAUUAACUGAAAUUCAAUAUUUUCAGAUAGAAAACUAAGGAUAGUUCCAUUAAUUCAAUAUUUUCAGAUAGAAAACUAAGGAUAGUUCCAUUAAUUUUACCUCGACUCAAGUUUCAAUCGGGCGUUAAGCUCUUUAAAUAGAGGCCAGAGGCCUGGUCACAUGAAAUUACGCUUACAGUCCCUUUAGAUAUCGUGCAUAUAGUAUGCUUACCUGGAUUUUCAUUUUUGACUCCCUAUCAAGGUUGUAUAGUAAGAGUACCUAAUCUUGUUUUUACAACCUUGCUCCCAAAAUUGCUCAUUUUGUGAUAAAAUUUUGCUUUUAUUUGUAUUUUUGCUAUUUUUGAGUAUUCUUGCCAUGCACUAUAUUAAAUUAGCUAAUAUUAUUUUACUGUUGUAUUUUCAGAUUAAAUCUGUGUAAAGAUUAUGUGAAUAUUUUCUGUUUAUGUAAUUAGAUCUUCCCGAGAGAAAUACAACGAUACAGGGUUUUCUGGAAGAGAAAGUUGUAAAUGUUGUAAAUUAGUUGAAAAUGGAGAAGAUGAAACCAAUCAAACAACCUCCUACAUCAGAAAAAGAAAUAGAUGCAAACUUGUCGGAUGAGAAACUCAAGAAAGAAGAGUCGGUCCAACAAGAGAUUGAUCAAGAUGGAUCAGAAAUAGAAUGGAUGAUGCAUUCCUCUGCUGGUUAUAAGAACAAACCAAAAUUAAAAAAUAAACCUAGAAAUUCAAAAACCAAGAAGACAAUUUCUGAACCUGUAAAGCCAGAUGAAAUGGCGACCAAAGAAAUAAAAGGGAGAAAUGCAGCGGAUGUUGGUGGAAAAAAGAAAUCUUCGUCUACUUCAAAAAAGAAAGCAGUGGAGGACGGAGAAGCUACGGUUGUAAGUCAAGAAGAUGUAUGUAAAGCAGCAACAAUAGUUCUGUCUAGAAGGAAGACUAAGAAAGGAGUUUACAGUGGAGCAUCUGAAUUGAAUUCCCCAUUUACUAGAAAGGAUUCCAAGAAAGUAGUUGCUAUUAAAACCGUAGAAUCAGCUACUGCUCCAAAGAAUUCCUUAGAAGCCGUUAGCAUUGAAGCUCUAGACUUAGCAGCUGCUUGCUUAGAACUUGGAACUGAAGCAGCUGCUAAAAGUGAAAGUUCUGGAAAGAAAGACGUUGGCCAUGGAACUUCAGGAUUUAAACCAUCAUUCACUGAGGAGAAAGCAAAGAAAGCAGUUGCCACUGGAACUGUAGAAUUUGGAUCAGCUACUGCAAAGAAUACACAGGAAGCUGCAGCUAGCAUUGAAGCUGUAGAAAUGAAAGCUUCCUGCGUAGAAUUUGUAACUAAAGCAGUUGCCAUUGGAACCAAAGAACCAGAAUCAGCUUACGCAGAGAAUUCCAAGGAAGCAUCUAGCAUUGUACCUGUAGGAAUAGAAACAGCUGCUAUUAAUGAUCAAGUAAAACCCCCAAUUGACACCAGAGCCCGUCCUAAAGAAAAAGAAGUAUUAAGGAAGAAGAAUACAACUGAACCUAGUUCCACUAAGAAUCAAGAGUUCAGAAAUGAACGAAUGAAAAAGAAUUUCAGUGCUCUGCGCAACCGUCAGAUGUUUCCCCGUUGUCAUGGUUGCAAUAUAUUCUUAAUUGAUCAAAGCUCUUUAGGAAGUACAGUUGUGAAAUCACGCGUACAGUCCCUUUAA